UCCCUUGAAAGUUGAACAAUAUCUGUUUAGGCCCACACGGUAUUGAAUUGAAAUUGUCCACAUAACACAAAAAAGGGCUGGCACACGGGGGUCACCUUAGUAGCUAGCUCACCAGAAAUAAGUAUCACUUGUGUCAAUUUGAAAAAGGAAAAAGAUUUACGAGUUUCUGAUGACCAAAUGGGCAAGUUAUUGAUAAUACAAGUGGGCAAAGAGAGUGUGUGACAUUAAUUUGUAAAAUUUGCUGGCAGAAGCAAGGAUACUCAAACACAAAACCCCCAACAGCCAAAAUAAUUUAAUGUCCUUUUAUAUAUGUACCCCGUUUUAUUACCUUUUUUUUUUUUAAAAUAAAAAAUAAAAAAUUAUUUUAAGGUUUUGCACCUACAACAUGACCCACUCCACUGAAGCAUAAAAUUCAAGGGGUCUUUGGCCCCCCUUCCUCCUUUUCUAUCCUAAUUUUUGGGGCUAUUUUACUCAAAGAUUAAUUUAAUUCAUUAAAAAACAACAGGGCACUUGCUGUCGGCAAUUAACCCAAAUCCAAAAAUUAAUCAUGAUUCACAGGAAUAAAAAACAUACUAAUAAUAGACUUACUGGACAGGCUUAACACUAUUAUCCCAUCCCAUCCCAACAAUGAUGAGCCUUCACUCACCAAAUCCAUUUCAUUGCAUUUGCUCCCAUCCGUCAACUCUGCAAUUAAAAGCUCCGCUUUCCCUCUCCGCGGUUUUCGCCUAACAACGAAAAAUCCUUUUUAUCUUUGUCUUCCGCCCGAGGCGCACGUAGCUUCUCCUAGGAUCUAUUAAAAACACAAACUUCCCCUGUUCUCUCUCUCUUUGUUUCGUCUUACAGGAACCCUAGAUUUCCGGCUGCGAUCGUGAAAAUGUUGGUCUUAUAGUGGAUGAUGAAAAAUUUGAACUUCGGGAUUCAGUCAAAACACCGAAGAACUGGGCGGCUUUGGUGACAAAAGAAUUAGCCAGCAAGCUUCAAGAGCUCUUCCAGAUUUGAGUACUUAGAAAUACAUACAUUGCAAGCAUAAAUGGGUGCUUUUUGCUGCUGUCCAUGUGGUGAUGAGUAUGAAGAAUAUGCUUAUCCUAGCAAUUCAAUAUAUAGGCACUGCAUCUGCCUAAGAUUCUUCUUCUACCAGCUAUUCACUGGGUAUGGUGCAAUGUUUCAUAGAUUGGAAGGGCUGCCUGUAUCAUCCCAGAUCCAAGGAGCUUCUUUGUCAUCAACAGCAAUUGCUACUGCAGUGCCAGAUAAUUCAGUCAAUGAAACUCAUGUUUCAAUGUCUAGGCCAGCCCCUUAUGAUACUGAGCAGAGGUACUCUCGCUUACAGCGUGAUGGCUUGGUCUCUAGGCGUGAUAAGUCUGUGACUCAUUUUCAAGAAGAAACACAACCACUGAGAAGAAAUAUGAGCAGUUCUGGUGUAGAAUCAUUGGGUAUUGGGAAGAAACGAAAUGGAAUUGAUUCAGAAGAAGACUCUAAGAUUGGCCAUCCUGAGUCAUCAGAGAGGACUUUGGCUACAAAAGUUGCAUAUGGACCUACUUACAUGCAGUCUUCAUCUGAAGAUGAAGAUGUCUGCCCCACUUGUCUUGAUGAAUAUACCCCUGAAAAUCCAAAAAUCACUACGCGGUGCUCACACCAUUUUCAUCUUGGUUGUAUUUAUGAAUGGUUGGAAAGGAGUGAAAGUUGUCCAAUAUGUGGCAAGGAGAUGGAGUUCUGUGAAAGUCCUUAAGUCUAUUACAUCUGAUUUCAAUGCAAUGGAGCAAAUACAUAUAGAGCUGCCGGUAAUAUCAGUAUACGUAAAGCUUUCUUAUAUUUUAUUAAAGAGGCAUGACAUGUAUAGAAGCGAUUGUUCUUUAUGUCAUUAGUUGUACUGCCUGGUUAUUUCUUCGUACUCAUACUUAAAUGUUCAUGAUGUUUCUUUUUAUGUAAAAAAACUAAUAAUUUGUGUGAA